AUGGCACCAAAGAAGAUAUUGAUGAUCGUAGGAGACUACGUUGAGGACUAUGAGUGUAUGGUCCCAUUCCAAGCAUUGGAGAUGGUUGGUCAUGUGGUUCACGCAGUGUCACCAGGCAAGAAGAAUGGAGACUUCAUUCAGACUGCUGUACAUGACUUCUUGCCAGGUGAGCAGACAUAUACAGAACUCAGAGGUCACAGAUUCAAGAUCAAUGCAUGCUUUGAUGAAGCCACCGAAGCUGCCUACGAUGCUCUCGUCAUCCCAGGUGGUCGUGCACCAGAGUUUCUCAGAUUAAAUGAGAAGGUCAUUCGCUUGGUGCAGGAGUUUAACAAGUCCAAGAAGCCAAUCGCAUCCAUCUGUCACGGUCCACAGAUCCUGGCGGCAGCCGGAGUAGUCAAGGAUGUCAAGUGCACCUCAUACCCAGCAUGCAAGCCCGAGUUGAUACUUGCAGGUGCAAAGUUCCAAGACCUCCCAGCCGACAAGGCAAUCGCUGAUGGCAACCUGGUCACUGGAGUAGCAUGGCCUGGACACUCAAUCUGGCUUGCACUAUUCCUUGAGAAACUUGGCACCAAGAUCACACUCUAA